GCCUUUUCAUACUUAUAUCAAUACGACGUUGUAAGACGUUGCUUACGCGAACGUGUUAAGCAAUUGUCGUAAUAUUUAGGGAUUCUGGCCUUACGAAGAAAUACGAGAGUCCACACCACCAUUUUCCACAAGCUAGGCUACUCUGUAAAAGUUUCAGACUUAAAAACGUUUGGGGAAGGUGAUUUUGAUGCUAAACAAUGGAUUAAUAAAGCUUGGCGCUCCAGCGGCAAUCAAGAGAAAGAGAUUUUUGUGGCCAACACAGUUUCCAGAUUACAAUUAUAUAUGAAGCAACUCACCAACUCCUUAGAUGAGACCACUACACAGAUAGUGACCUCCAUCCCCCGCAUCCUGCAAGACGCAUCAGCUCUCCAGCUAGAAGGUGCUAUGCUGCAGCAGAAGCUGCUCUCUCUUGAACAGAAGGUGCAGAGCGUUGAGGAGCAGACCGGACACUCAAUUGAGAGCUUGCAGAAGAUUGAUCAGCUUAAGAGUCGGCUAGAGACUGCAGCAUCAGCUCUUCGCGAAGCAGAUAAAUGGGCAGCCCUAGCCACUUCUCUGGAAGAUAUCCUGGAAUCUGGAGUGCCCACCCAGGGUGAGAAGCUGGCGGAGCUAUCAGAGCAAGUGGCUGCUAUGACUGCCAGCCUUGAGGUACUAAGUGAGGCGCCGGACUAUGAGAACAAGCGCCUACAACUGGAGACGCUAUACAACAGGCUGGAAGCAGCCAUCAGCCCGCCUCUCAUUGAGGCUCUCACUCAAAUGGAUGCUGAGCGCACGGCGACGUACGUGUCUCUAUUCAGCGGCAUGGGCCGCGCGGUGUCCGUGUGCCGCUGCUGGCGCCGCGCCGCCGCCGCCAGGCUCGCUAGCAGCUGGAGACGACUGGAUGCUCAUACCCUGGCUGCUCUCACCAGGAUGCUGGCUACUGAAGCUGGGAGACAGGUAGAUUGGUUGACAAAUGUAUUGAAGUCCGAGACCCCACUAGCGGAAUUGAUAAGGCUAUAUACAGACUUGCUACUGUCCUUGGAUCCGCCACCUACUAAGGUGGUUUCAGCUAACCUGAAGUUAUGUUCAUCUCCUGAAGAAGGCAUAUUAUUACUGACUGACUUGAGGAAUGAUAUCGAAGACUUUAUAACUUGCAUAGAAGGAGUUAUUGAUGCGCCUCGGCAGAAUAAAGAAACUCUUCUGGCGGGCAUAUUGAGGGAAUUCGGGCGAGCUGCGUACGCGCCGCUCAGAGAGCUUCUGCCGAAAUACACAGAGUUACAAUCGCAGUUGUUACUCAAUUAUCUGAAUGAUCCACAACUUAAACAGGAGGAUCUUCUAGAACUUUCCAGAGCUAUUCUGACAGUGUCGGAGCGCUGUGAAGGCUGGCUGGUCACGGCUCAGACUCGCGCUAGGAAGAUUGCUGGGGACGCCAUGUAUCCCUACUAUAUGCCCGCCGUGGAAAACUUCAUAUCAUCACUUUCCUCACUGAUAUCAAGUCACAGUCGCCGCAUAGAGUCUACCUUCCUAUCAUCAGCGACAUCUGGUCAGACCACUGGAGUGUUAUCCAGUUGCUUCCCAGCCUCGCUGAUGCUGCAGACUGCUGCUGCCAAUAUCCUCGAAACCCUCGCCCAGAUGAAGGUGGAUGAAGAAACAAAAGACCCGACCCCCCUCCACGACUUACCCACUUUGCUACUAGAAGCGGAGGUACGUCAACGUCUCCCAUCAUACAGGGCGGAGCCCCCGGCUUCCGCGGCCGUGCUGCGGCGCUCCGCUGAACAGCUGCGGGGGCUAGCACGAGCCGUGCUCAGGAACCCUGUGGAUGUGCAACUGGAAAAAAUACCUCAACUAUCAGUAUGGAAUAACAACGAUGCAUUGUCUACGGAUUUACCAGAUUUCGCCCUAUCACCACAGGAGUAUAUUACUGAGAUUGGACAAUACCUGAUGACUUUGCCACAGCAUUUGGAGUUGCAUCUGUCAGAGAAACAGGCUCCAUUGCAGUUCUUAUCUGAUGUUUGCACUCAUACUUGUGAGGUUUAUGCUGAGAAAAUCCUAAACAUUAGGAAUAUGGAUGCCUUGGGCACUAAACGCUGUCUCAAUGAUAUCGUAUAUCUUUCAAGCGUGGUAGAAGAUUUAGGCAGUACAAUAACGCCAUCUCUGAGGAAUCUAGAAAAAUCACUCCGAGCUGCCACGCCCAGCCCAAGCAGUGAAUAGAAUGUUAAACUUAGCUUGUUAUAGUAAAUUAUUUAUGUACCCAAAGUGUUAAUAUUAUAAU